GCGGAAUUCUCCACGUGUGGAAGAUCAGUCCCCUUUGCUGACUCGUUCAUUAAGGCGGUGCUCUGGUACCUCCGGACCCUCCGCUGGGUGCAGACUGCUAUCUCCGCAGCUGCAGGAGACCGCGGAGCCGACUUUUUCGCCCCCCAGUCUCCUGUUGAAAGUGGUGGCAGCACGUUCCAGGGAUGUAUAUGCAGGUGGAGACACGCACCAGCUCCUGCCUCCAUCUGAAGAAGGCUCCAGGCAUCAGGUCCUGGUCCCUGCUGGUUGGAAUCUUGUCGAUUGGUCUGGCUGCCGCCUACUACAGUGGAGAUAGUCUGGGCUGGAAGCUCUUCUAUGUCACGGGCUGUCUAUUCGUGGCCGUGCAGAACCUGGAGGACUGGGAGGAAGCCGUCUUCAAUAAGAACACUGGGAAGGUCGUGCUGAAGACGUUCAGCUUGUACAGGAAGCUGCUGACUCUCUGCAGAGCAGGCCAUGACCAAGUGGUGGUCCUGCUCAGUGACAUCCGGGACGUGAAUGUGGAGGAGGAGAAGGUCCGAUACUUCGGGAAGGGCUAUGUGGUGGUGCUUCGGUUUGCCACGGGCUUCUCCCACCCCCUCACCCAGAGUGCUGUCAUGGGCCACCGCAGUGACGUGGAAGCCAUCGCCAAGCUCAUCACUGCUUUCCUGGAGCUGCACCGCCUUGAGAGUCCUGUGGAGCUGUCUCAGAGCAGUGACAGUGAGGCCGAGGGCCCCGGGAACCAGAGCUGACCUCCGUGGACCCCCUGCCUUGAUUCUCGUGGGGCCCCAACAGGAUUGAUGGGCUGCCUGCAAGUCUUCCUCCUCAGCUCCCGGCUGUGUCCCUGGCAGCCCCGGGGCAGGACCCUCAGCCGUUCCUGCUGCUUGCUUCUGUUCUCUGAGCAAAUCCACAGUGGGACCUUCUCUGCAGGCUCUGAGGGGUCCAGGGAGGGCACGGGCCUCAGAUCUGCCCCUUCCUGGAAUCAGAUAGCCUGCUGAGGCAGCAGCCCGGUGUGGACAGGCCAGACCUGCUAGCCGUGUGGCACUCAGGCCUCUGAAAUGGGAAGGAAGGACACGCAGGGUCCCAGGGUGUGAGGCCCAGGGCUGAGCUCUCUGGAUUGGGAGGUUUGCCAGGACCAGGUCCUGCAGGUUGCGGAGAGGUUCCAGCAGGCCAGUGCAGGGCCAGCAGCCGGGUCAGGCUCUGAGGGUGCUGCUUCGCACGUCGUCCCCAGGAAUCCCAUCUCCUGCCCUGCUCCCCACGCCCGUCCCUCCCCUCAGCCGGACGUCCUCAGUGCUUGGAAGUGAGGUGCCUGCCUGCAAGCUGCCAUGGCUCAGCGUGGAUGCCAAAGGGCGCCCUGGUUGGUGUGCUGCAGCCACUGCUGAGGCCUCCACAGUCCCCAGACUGCUGUCCACUCAGAUGGCUCAUCUCGAGUCCAACCAGGAUUGCAGCUGGGCCCUCACAGGGAGGAUGACUUCCAGUCGCUGCCCCUAGCAUAGACAGAGGUUUUCUCUUCUAGCUUCGUGAAGCAUUUAAAAACCUGGACCCACCCCUUAGAACCCAAAUUCCCAGCUUCUCUUGAACCCUGGCGGCUGGGCCUAUUUGUGUGGGGCCAGGCUCAUGGCUGCUGCUCAGCAGGGCCUGGGCAGCUGGUUGCAGCCACCCGCGUGGAAUCUGGGGGCCAGCCACACUGACCCUCACCUGCACUAUUGGUUUUCUCCUGCCUUCUCUGCACCCAGGUCCCUCUGGGGUGCAGCACCUCUGAGUGGGGGAGCCUGUGAGGCUGUGCACCUGGGAACGGCUAGGUAGACCUGGGGUUCUGGGGCUGCCUGAGUGAGAGACAGCAACCUCCAGGGAACUCCAGAGAAAUGAGAUCCUCUCCCCUUCUCAGUGGUGGCCGCCAUCCAGCCCUUAGUUUGGACACACGGUCAUUUAAACAUGCCAAAGUUGUUUGUAAAUCGUUAAGUGUGAAAUGCUUUUUUCUUAAAAAGUGUGAAACAGUGUAACUGGUUUCUGGUGUGUUUGCCUCUGGGCUGGAGGAGGCUCCAAAAUCAGAGGGAGAGUGGCCAGCUCCCUUCCCCCCAGAACUAGGUUGAGACAGGAGGGUCUCCAGACCAUCACGAGGGCCUCCCUGCAAGCAGUCGGGGCCAGGGUAGUAAUUAAGUCUUUCAAAUUUCUAGUAGCAUGAUUUUUGGCUUCCACUCUCCUUUUUAUUUCAAAAUAAUUAAAGUUCUAAUGCUGAUCACUGCA